GCAUUAUUGAAAUCAAACGAUGAUCGACCAGUAGACUAUGAUUUUGCCUAAUUGCUACAAAAAAUGAAAAUACAACUUUAAAACGGGCAAGGUCUUAAAACCAGCUAUUACCCAGUUCUGUAUUUUCCCACAAGGCCCCAAAGCCUAUCAACGGCCAGGUAUAGAUAUUGGCAAUCUGGAGGAGAUUUUUCUUCGAGCUGAGGGUGGCAACACAGUGAAUUAGAAUGGCUGAGAGAAAGCCAUGUGUCAAAGGAGCUUCUGUUGCGAAUCAGACUAUGCUGACAAUAUCCAAUUAUCCUGGCAACCAAUCCACCUGUUCAACUCUUGUUGGAUACCCAGAUCCUAACCUAAUCUUGAAAGAGGAGGUGGGCCAUCUCUUGAUUCCAGCCAAGACUUCAUGCCACUAAGUAGUGGAUGUUUCAGCUUUGUCCAGCCAAGCUUAGUUAUUCCCCCUCGUCCUCAAAUUCUCUCCUUUCUUCUUUCUCAGGGGGAACACACAACUUCCUGCUAUACUAGUACACCUCUGAAAGGGCAGCAAUGGCGGCACAGGCUCUGGUGUCAUCCUCCCUCACUUCUUCGGUGGAGAGUGCCAGGCAAAUCCUGGGAUCAAGGUCUAGCCAGCCUUCAUUUGGGUCCUCAAGGAAAGGAUCCUUUGUUGUAAGGGCGGCUUCUACUCCCCCUGUCAAGCAGCAAGGAGCUGACAGACAACUAUGGUUUGCAUCGAAACAGAGUCUCUCUUACCUUGAUGGAAGCCUCCCAGGUGACUUCGGAUUUGACCCACUCGGUCUCUCGGACCCUGAGGGAACUGGAGGCUUCAUCGAGCCGAAAUGGCUAGCCUAUGGUGAGAUCAUCAACGGACGAUUCGCCAUGUUGGGAGCUGCAGGUGCCAUUGCCCCCGAAAUUUUGGGCAAAGCCGGCCUGAUCCCAGCCGAGACGGCCCUCCCAUGGUUCCAAACUGGGGUCAUCCCACCAGCCGGAACAUACAGCUACUGGGCAGACCCAUACACUCUCUUUGUUCUGGAGAUGGCCCUGAUGGGGUUUGCCGAGCACAGGAGACUCCAGGACUGGUAUAAUCCUGGAUCGAUGGGGAAGCAGUACUUCUUGGGAUUCGAGAAGUUUUUGGGUGGCUCGGGCGACCCUGCUUACCCUGGAGGACCUAUCUUCAACCCUCUAGGGUUCGGGAAAGAUGAGAAGUCGAUGAAGGAGUUGAAGCUGAAGGAGGUGAAGAAUGGCAGGUUGGCCAUGUUGGCCGUCUUGGGUUACUUUAUACAGGGUCUUGUGACUGGUGUUGGACCGUACCAGAAUCUGCUUGACCACUUGGCUGAUCCUGUCAACAACAAUAUAUUGACUAGCCUCAAGUUCCACUAGAAUGAAACCCCUUUUGGCCUUAAGCAUUUGAUUCCCUAUUCCCUUUGUAACCAUGUUGUGAAAAGAAUGAACUGCUACUAUAAUUUUCUGUAAGACUUGGUGGUUGUUAAGGAUUAAGAUAGAACCUGUUAAUUGCCA